GCUGCGAGGUUGAAGUCUAAUAUUUUAGAAGUUAAAGGGGCUUCCCAGUGCCGACUUUGAGAUGAAGAUUUGGGAGCUUCUCAGGAGAUUUUGGGUAUGGAGAUUUACAGGGAUUGAGAGAAGAAGAAGCUUUUCUUGUCACAGAAGAGCUACAUCCAGAAGAUAAUGUAUAGGUUUAGCAUGUCUUUAGCAAAGCCCUUGAAUACUCCUAGUGAUUCUAAUGUUAAUCUAUCCUCAGUUUAUGCGCCGCAGUCAGAGGCUAAGAAGGAGUACAUGCCGCGAGUGCCAUAUGCUAGUGCAGUUGGUAUUUUGAUGUAUGUUAUGGUAUGCACUAGACCUGAUCUUGCAGAUGCUGUUAGUGUUGUCAGCAGGUUCAUGAUACAACCUAGGAAGGAGCACUGGCAAGCUGUGACGAGGAUCUUACGGUACCUUAAGGGUACUUUGAUGUGGGAAUUAGCUUCGGAAGUGAUACAGAGUGCUUAGUGGCUGGUUAUUCAGAUUCUGACUAUGCUGGAGAUGUUGACACGAGGACAUCGAUGACCGGUUAUGUAUUCACCUUGGGAGUUCUGUAGUGAGCUGGAAGGCAACUCUGUAGUCAAUAGUGACAUGUCUACUACUAAAGCAGAGUACAUGACGUUGACAGAAGCUGCUAAGGAGGGUGAAACACCCUAACCCGGCCGGGUACUACUUUUACUAAAAUGCCCUUGAUAAAAUCUUAAAUUGCAG